CGUGACGCUGUGCGCGCGCUUGGGCUGGCGCGACCCGAAAACGCCCGGUGCUUUUCUCCUCAGUGCAGUGGGUAUGAUCCCCCCGUGCCCAUCUAAGUGCGGAGUCUGAGAUCAAACUAUUUCAGUUACGGAUCUGAGUUUAGUCCUGCGGGAGACCUUCACCUGCCUUGGUGACAGCCCCAGGGCCUGAUUUUCAGUUGCCAGAAAUGGGGAAAAACCGUGUUAACGUGAUGCAGCCAGGCUGCCAAACUCCACUUCCGAUUCUGCUUCUCUCCCUUGCUGCUGCGGCACUUUUGAUUUUCACAUUUAGGAGAAAGUCCAGGUUUUGAUUCCCAUCAUGGCCAUCACUCAAUUUCGGUUAUUUAAAGUUUGUACCUGCCUAGCAGCAGUAUUCUCAUUUCUAAAGAGAUUAAUAUGCAGAUCUGGCAGAGGAAGGAAAUUAAGUGGAGACCAAAUUACAUUGCCAACUACUGUUGAUUAUUCAUCAGUUCCUAAGCAGACAGAUGUGGAAGAGUGGACGUCCUGGGAUGAAGAUGCUCCCACAAGUGUGAAGAUCGAAGGCGGGAAUGGAAAUGCAGCCACACAGCAGAAUGCCUUGGAGCAGCUGGAACCUGACUACUUUAAGGACAUGACACCUACUAUAAGGAAAACUCAGAAAAUUGUUAUUAAGAAGAGAGAACCAUUAAAUUUUGGCAUUCCAGAUGGUAGCACAGGUUUCUCCAGUAGAUUAGCAGCCACACAAGAUAUGCCUUUCAUUCAUCAGUCUUCGGAAUUAGGUGACUUGGAUACCUGGCAAGAAAAUACCAAUGCGUGGGAAGAAGAAGAAGAUGCAGCCUGGCAAGCAGAAGAAGUUCUGAGGCAACAGAAAAUAGCAGACAGAGAAAAGAGAGCAGCAGAGCAACAAAGGAAGAAAAUGGAAAAGGAAGCACAGAGGCUAAUGAAGAAGGAACAGAACAAGAUCGGUGUGAAACUUUCAUAACAAAUGUGCUUCAAACAUCCUAGGGCCAGGAGGAGAGAUCUGAGCUCCACACGCCAGAGAGCAUUUGUAUGGAUUUAAGCGUAUUUUCCGGAUACAGACACACUGCUUGAUUUCAGUGCAUUCAUCAGGCCAUCCAGGACCCAAGGAUUCUCCCAAAGUUCCUGGAACUCUCAGUGAUGGAGGCUCAAAGGAAAUAGUCAAAAGACUUUUGAGGCAUUAUUUUUCUCAACAUCCUCCAAAAAUAAGACAAUUGAUUGCUGUCGAGAUAUUAUUACAAAUGGAAUAUACUGGUACCUCUCAAGCUAGUGUUUCUAGCUAAAUAAAUGGGUAUAAUUUCAUAGUGGAAAAAUUCUGCUGUCAUGCUUUCCUUCAAUGUGCAUAAUUAUAAAAUAAAUAAUUUUAAUAUCCUUUUGUUUUGAUGUUACCUGACCUAAAUUAGACAAUUUAUAGGUAGGGCUUUCACUUUUUUAUUUUUGUUAUCAGAAGCUGGUGUUGGCAUACAUUUUCCCUAAUCUGAACUGGCCUUGUUUGUUUGAUAUGU